GUGUAAUUACCCAUUAAUAUAUCCACAGUACAGGAUCUGAGACAUCUGCCGCGGACCCAAUCUAUCUUCCAGACUUCCUCCCAUCCCUUCCUCUUGCCGUUGAAAAGCCAAACCAAGUAUACAUUCAAAGAUUCUAUACCUCAACUCACACUCAAAACAAACCAGAACAAACCAACCACCAAAAAAAAUGACCUCAAUAACACCCUCCAAACCAAAUCUAACAACCAACGACUCCGCCGUCCUCCAAGCCCUCUUUGACGCCGAAUCCUCCCCUUCCUCCGGCGUCACAAUCAACCCAAACCUCCCCCCCUUCCCAGCCCACCUAGACAUCACCCCCGAACUCCACGACACCCUCCAAUCCCACUCAACGACCAUAAUCCGCCCCUUGACCUCCGAAACCACAACCCCCUCCACAAUCCAAACAGCCAUAACUGCCCUGGAUACCCUCAUCCAAGAGAACCCAACCUACCCACCCGCCUACGCGAACAGAGCCCAAGCCCGCCGCAUGCUCAUCGACAACCUGACCAAAGCCGAAAAUCAGUCAGAGACAGAGAAAGACGGGAAUGACGCCACGCUCUUCAACGCCCAAAACACCCCGAUCUUCUCCGCCCUCCUGUCCGAUCUAGGCGAGGCCAUCCGGCUAGCCACGCCGCUGAGUCCUGCGGAUGCGGUGUCGCCGAUUCAGGGGCGGUUGUUGGCGGAUGCGCAUACGCACCGGGGGUAUUUGCUUUUGAGGCUGGCGAAGGGGAAGAGGGGGGGAUUUGAGGGGCCGGAGAGGUGGAGGUCUUUAGAUGCAGAUCAGGUGGAGGAGAUGGCGAGUCGGGAUUUCUUUAUGGGGGGGAGGUUUGGGAAUAGGGUUGCGCAGCAGUUGGCUGUGCAGACGAAUCCGUAUGCGAAGAUGUGUGGGGCGAUAGUUAAGGAGGCGUUGAGGAAGGAGGUUGAGGGGUCGAUGUGAUUUUUU